AUGUUGUGUGCUACUGUACUCGAUGCAGCAGGUAAAAUCCUACCACCAGCAUAUGCUAUUGUUGAUUCUAAAAAUGAUGCGUCAUGGGAUUGGUUUUUUCAAAAGUUGAAACAGGAUUACGGUGAAAGGAACAACAUGUACAUAGUGUCUGAUCGGCAUGACAGCAUUUUGAAGGCUGCUUCGAAUGUAUAUCCAGAUGUGCCUCACUAUAAUUGUAUCUACCACCUAUGGAACAACAUCAAAGUUAGAUUCAAGAAGAACCAUGAGCAAUUAAAGCCCAUAUUUUUUGCAAUGGCCAAUGCAUACGUGAGGGCAAAUUUUGAUCGCCUCAUGGAAGAUACAGACAAGAUCGAUAAUUGGGUGAGGGGUUACUUGAUCGAUGUUGGCAAUGAAAAAGGGUCCAUAGCUCAUUCCUCAGUAAACAGAUCCAUGGUGAUGACUUCAAAUAUAGCGGAGUUCCUAAAUUCAGCAACUAGACAUGCAAGAGACCUGCCAAUCAAGAGUUUGCUAGAAUUCAUGAUGGAUUUGGUUAUGAGAUGGAACAAUGACAACAGAAAGGAUACAACAACAACAUUUACUGAAUUAGGGAACAAAUAUAACAUAAUAAUGAAGGAGAAUAUCAUUUUCUUGGAUAAAAUGAUGGUAAUGGCUUCAACUGAUUAUGUAUAUUCAGUUAUAGACGCUGAAAAGCGCAACAUAGUGUGCAUGCGUGAAAAGAAGUGCAGUUGCCAACGAUUUCAAGUCGACGGGAUCCCUUGUCCACAUGUUAUGGCGGUACGCCAAUCUGUUGCUAUUUUAUCCUUCAGGGUUGAAACUUGCAGUAGGAACAUGAAAGAAGUCUAA